AUUUUUAUGGCAACUUUGAAAGAGACUCUACACAGGAUGGCCAAUCCAUUUUGUCACUCACUCACUUGUCCCUUGAGGCAAGGUCUCAUUAUAUAGCCCUUGCUGGCCUGAACCCUCUAAGACUUGCAGGGAUCCACGAGCCUCCACUUCCUGAGUGCUAGGGUUAAAAGUCCAUGUCACCACACCCGGUCUCUAUUUUGUCAUCAUUUUGUAACAGUUUCUGACACAAUAACUUCCAAAUAAGUACAGGUUUUAUUUUUGAGUAAGGAUAGCACAUAGGGCUGGCAAGAUGAUUCAAUGCUGGCCUUAGGGCAUGCUGACCUAAGUUCCAUCCCCAGGACCCACUUGUGGGAUCCAAGUAGUAGGAGACGAAUCAACUCCUAAGAGUCGUCCGUUGACUUCCACGCGCUGAGGUGCACACUCAAUAAAUAAACAAAUACAAUUUAAUCUAAUUUAAUCUUUUUAGAGCCAAAUACUUUUCGUAAAUUACCAAACUGAGCCUUUUCCUUCUCUGGUUAGUCAGUCUUUGGUCUUCUGAAUUAAUGAGAAAAAUUUUUGAGUGUUCAGGAUACUUUCAUAUUUUAAAAUUCAAGGAUUAAAUAUCUUAUAUUUUUUUGCAAGGGGCUCGAGUUGUGGCUGACUGGAAACGUCUAGGCUUAUGCAGCCAUGCAAGUUUAUUACGAGCAAUACGAACUAUAUUGUCUCAAUUUCAGUAAGGCAAUAUUAGAUGAUUAAAAUCGUUUUUGUUUUUUGUUUUUGUUUUGUUUUACCAGAAGAGACAAUCAGCUCUUGAAGUGCUAGGGCUGAGUCUGCCAGAAGCACCCAUUUACAUUUCUGUGUUACAAAGAAUGACAGGUCCUUUGCACAAGUUGGUAGUGAUUCUAUCAGUCAUUUCUCGCACCUGUUAGGUUGAAAUUAUUAGCAUUAUUUUUUAAGCCAGAGCUGAAGACGACCGACCAGAAAGAGAUGAAAAUCGAAUCACCACCCUAGGGACAUCUGUUAAUGAUACUACACACUGUGCUUCUCGUCUUACAAAAAUAGAACUGCAAACUGGAUUUCCUAGGAUGUGCUGGGUGGCCGACAUUUUCCGUGGCAGGGGUUUCACACGUUCCAGAUCUGAAUGGAUAUUAAAUGGCUGGGCGAAAUGCCAGGUAGCCCUUUCCUGUCACAUUAAACAGCAGUGAGAACGGGCGGGGUAACCCUAUUCUGUUCCGGCACGGAACGCGGUGGCUCGGACCAAGGGCACGCUGACGCGCAGGUAGCCCGGAGCUGCGUCCUGGAGACGCCGCCCGCCAGCGAACAGCGCCACCGGCUUCCGCCCUAAGCGCCCAGGGCUCCGCCGGCCUCUGCGGCAGGGCCGCGGAAACCCCGUAGGAGCAGGGCGGCCGAGGAGCGCGGCGCGCGGUCGCGCUGCUGCAAUAUUCUUCCGCCGAAAGCAAAGAGUCCCAGACCCGUUCCCGAUUCGUGGAUCUCCGGGAACGCUGUAAUACCAAGUAAUAGUGAAAUGUGGAUUUUGUCAUCGACUCCUGUAGGGCUUCACCUCCGGUAACAAACUCCAGGAGUACAAUUUUGUGGCUUCCGAAAGGGGAAUAAGGAAAUUCCUCCGCGAGAAACGGGUUCCGGCCGCGAGCCUAUAAAAAACGGGCGGCGCCGUCCGCCUGUCUUUUCAGUCGGGCGCUGAGUGGGUUUUCGGAUCAUGUCUGGUGGCUCCGCGGAUUACAACAGCAGAGAACAUGGCGGCCCAGAGGGAAUGGACCCCGAUGGUGUCAUCGAGAGCAACUGGAAUGAAAUUGUUGAUAACUUUGAUGAUAUGAAUUUAAAGGAGUCCCUUCUUCGAGGCAUCUAUGCAUAUGGUUUUGAGAAGCCUUCAGCUAUUCAGCAAAGAGCUAUUAUCCCUUGUAUUAAAGGGUAUGAUGUGAUUGCUCAAGCUCAGUCAGGUACUGGCAAGACAGCCACAUUUGCUAUUUCCAUCCUGCAACAGUUGGAGAUUGAGUUCAAGGAGACCCAAGCACUAGUAUUGGCCCCCACCAGAGAACUGGCUCAACAGAUCCAAAAGGUAAUUUUGGCUCUUGGAGAUUAUAUGGGAGCAACUUGUCAUGCUUGCAUUGGAGGAACAAAUGUUCGAAAUGAAAUGCAGAAGUUGCAGGCUGAAGCCCCUCACAUUGUUGUUGGUACUCCAGGGAGAGUGUUUGAUAUGCUAAACAGAAGAUACCUUUCUCCAAAAUGGAUCAAAAUGUUCGUUUUGGACGAAGCAGAUGAAAUGUUGAGCCGAGGGUUUAAGGAUCAGAUCUAUGAGAUUUUCCAGAAAUUAAAUACAAGCAUUCAGGUUGUGUUGCUUUCUGCCACAAUGCCAACUGAUGUGCUAGAAGUGACCAAGAAAUUCAUGAGAGAUCCAAUUCGAAUUCUGGUGAAGAAGGAAGAAUUGACCCUUGAAGGAAUUAAACAAUUUUAUAUUAAUGUUGAGCGAGAGGAGUGGAAGCUGGACACUCUUUGUGACUUGUAUGAGACUUUGACUAUCACACAAGCAGUUAUUUUUCUCAAUACAAGGCGCAAGGUGGACUGGCUCACGGAGAAAAUGCAUGCCAGGGACUUCACAGUUUCUGCUCUGCAUGGUGACAUGGACCAGAAGGAAAGAGAUGUCAUCAUGAGGGAAUUCCGAUCAGGGUCAAGCCGUGUUCUGAUCACUACUGACUUGUUGGCCCGUGGGAUUGACGUGCAACAAGUGUCCUUGGUUAUAAACUACGAUCUACCUACCAAUCGUGAAAACUAUAUUCACAGGAGUCGAUAGCGGCAGUUGAUGACGAGAUGGCACUCAGAAACGGCGUUGACGUAAUUUAGGACGUGGAAUCAUAAGCGAAACAGCACACUGUUUGAAUAAAGAGCGAGUCGGUAUUUAUAUUUGAUUUUCUUUUGUCAUGAUUAUUUGAUAUUUUAAGUUGUUCCAGCCCAAGGCAUUUUGUAUGUUAGCAUUUCUGAUAGGGAGUGAUAGGUGGUUUGUAUUGUCUGGUACUUUGUAGGAAGGUAGAGAGCUGUUUUGGAGGUAACACGUUUGAGUAAUUUGAGUAUAUAACGUGUGAAAAGAAGCUGAGCAAAAAGCAGUGAUAAGUUUGGGUUACCAUACCAAAUACUUGCUUUCACACUGGAAAAAAAGUAAGUUUUAGAAAAUAGUUAACCUUGCAGCAUUUGUAUUUACAGUUCCAGAAGUGCGUCGAAAUGGAUUGUAUAACUGUUUUCUUUUAUUCCUGGUGUUUACAUUUGUCCCAGGCUGACAACUGCUCCUGGCUGGCCCACUUUGGUAUGGGCUUUAAUUUCACCCCAAACACAAUACUGUCAUCUGCUUUAUUGUAAUGCUCAAGGCGCCUAUCUCAUUUUGCAGCCAGACAAGCCUUGAAUUCUUUUGGUGGCACUAUCUGCAAAGGAAGAUGUUUUUCCACCUGGAUAUUGGUUUUAUCAGCUAGUGCUCCACUUAAAAGCACGAACUAUAAUCCUGAUAAGUAAACAGCAGCUGAUGGUUAACAAGUGGAUCGUCAUAUUCAGUAGCUUUAAAUAGUACUAAAGUAACUUGCUGACUGUUGGUUUCUUUCUCUUACACAGAAUUGGCAGAGGGGGUCGAUUUGGGAGGAAAGGUGUGGCUAUAAACUUUGUUACUGAAGAAGACAAGAGGAUUCUUCGUGACAUUGAGACUUUCUACAAUACUACAGUGGAGGAAAUGCCCAUGAAUGUGGCUGACCUAAUUUAAUCCCUGGGAUGAGAUAGUUUUGAAUGCAGUGCUCGCUGUUGCUGAAUAGGCGAUCACAACGUGCAUUGUGCUUCCUUGAGAAUAUUUGAAUCUUGUCUCAAUGCUCAUAACGGAUCACAAAUACAGAUUCUGAUAGCAAAGCGACUUUAGUCCUGAGCUCUUGUGAGGAAAGGCAUUGGCUUUAUCCUCUUUAGAGUUAGACUGUUGGGGGUGGGUAUAAAAGAUGGGGUCUGUAAAAUCUUUUUUUCUUAGAAAUUCAUUUACUAGUUAUGUAGAAAUGGUUGUAUUAGAUGUUCUCUAUCAUUUAAUAAUAUACUUGUGGACUAAAAGAUAUAAGUGCUGUAUAAAAUCAGCCAAUUAUGUUAAACUGGCAUAUCUGCCUUUAUUGUGUUUGUCAUUAGCCUGACUAGAGAGGCCUUUAAAGUGAUUUCUUUUUUUUAGAGAAAAUUUGAAUGCAUUUUGUUGGUAUUGUAUUUAUUCAAUAAAGUAUUUAAUUAGUGCUAAGUGUGAACUGGACCCUGUUGCUAAGCCUCAGCAAGCAAUCAUCCUAGGUAGGGUUAAACCCCCAGUAAAAUUGCCAUAUUGCACAUGUCUUAAUGAAGUUUGAAUGUUAAAUAAAAUUGUAUAUUCACUUUA